AUAAAUAAAAAAUGGCCGACGACAAUGAUGGAGCCAAAAAAGGAAAAAAGAAGUCCAAAGAGAUGGACAUUCUAAGUCCUGCGGCGAUGGACAACGCGUACUACGGGUGCCACAAUGUGCAAGAAUUGCUUGAAGCACGCGGCUAUCAAGCGCCAGGAUUUGAUAAGAAGAAGAAGAAAGGAAAGUAAAC